AUUGAGAAAGGUGGUUUUCUAUGUGGAAGGUGUGUGGUGAGAGACUAUACUUGAAGUUGAACUUGAUUGACGUGUGUUAAUGCAGAGAGAGAUAUUUCAUUGUUGUUCAAAGUCUUUGGUGCACUUAAAAGAGACCAGAUACAAGUGAAAGUGGAUGAUGAAGUGGAGGAGUAUGAGACAAUAGUGGAGUGGGGUACAACUUUCUGUUUCAGAUUGAGAAUUUCUUCUAAGCUUUUAAGUACAUACAUGUACAUGCACAGCACAGCUUUUGGUUGGUAUCAAAAAUCCCAUUUCUUGUUCCUCUUCACUUUACUGAUUUUUCAAGCAAUCUGAUAGGUAGAUGCCCCUUUGGGAAAUAGUUGCCGUUGAUUGAGAAAAGGCUGUAGACCAAUCCUGUUGUUGAAGGUAAGUGCGACUCUAAGCAAGCCUUGAUCGAUAGUAGAAAACAAUGAAGAACUUAUGUGAGAAUGGCUCUGGUCCUACCCAUUUAACAUCUUAUGCUCUUGGAUGCUCAUCAUGGGGGACUUCCUCUGAAUCUGAUGUGCAACAAUCAUCCAUGUCCAAAAGUUUGAGCUUGAAAAUGAGUGUUCUGCCGCAACAAUGCCAUAAGACCAAACCAUUGAGUUUUCAAUAUCAAGAUCGAGAUUCAUCUUCAACUCAAUCAACCGGUCAGUCUUAUCCAGAAGUUGGUUCAGCACAAUCAGGUCAAAUUUCAGUGCAGUGUAGCAAUUCUUCUGCUAGUUCAACACACAACACAACUGGGGGAAAGAGUGUGGAAGGUGUCAUCGGGUCAACUGUGGGGAUUCAGGAUUGUACCUUCCCUCCUUCACAACUGUGUUACAACCAAUCACUUGCUCAUACUGCAUUCCACUUUGCUGAGCCGUGCUUUAGUGGCCUACUAGCUGCUCCAUUUGUGCCACAAUCUAAUAUUCAUCAUGCUCAGCUACUAGGAAUGACUCCUGCUCGAAUUCCUCUGCCACUUGAUCUUAGUGAGGAGCCCAUGUAUGUGAACGCAAAGCAGUACCAUGCUAUUCUGAGACGCAGGCAGUAUCGUGCAAAACUGGAAGCACAGAACAAACUCAUCAAAGAACGGAAACCAUAUCUUCAUGAGUCCCGCCAUCUACAUGCACUGAAGAGAGCUAGAGGUUCCGGUGGACGCUUUUUGAAUGCCAAAAAGCUCCAAGAGUUGAAACUCACUUCAGCAAACCGUGGCCUAGAUGUUUCUGGCUGUACUCAAUUGAAUCUGAGUGGAAAUAUGUCAGAAUCAAAGGUUCAAGCAGUAGAAAACUUGAACUACAGAAAUGGUGCUUCUACAACCACGUGUUCUGAUGUCAUUAGUACAUCUAAUAGUGAUGAUGUCUUCCAGCAACAUGAGUCAGACUUUAGGUUAUGUGGUUACCCUUCUCAUAUUGGAAGGAACAUGCAGGGUUAUUCCGCAGACAUUGGUGGUGGUGGUGGUGGUGGAAAUCAACACCGUCUAUCAGUCCUUAUGUGACAAACUUUUAUGGCACACUAGCAAGUUAUUCUUCAGCGCUCUGUUGGAGAUCAUAAUUGCCUGUGUUCCAUAGGGAAGUCAUCCUUGGCUCAUUUACAUUAUUAUGUUUUUACUAAUAUGUUUAUGUUAGUUGUUUUGGAACAAAGAUAUAGACCUUUGCUAGAUUUCAAUUUUCUUAUAUUGAUGACUGAAAUAUUUGGGCAAAGUAGCACAUUUAACUGACUAGUCACAAGCAAUAUUUCUUUUAUGUUGAUGUUACAUUGGAAAAUGUCUUUUUGAGAACUAAGGUUUUGGUUGUGGUGUAUGUUUUAUCUUUGUACACUGAUGCUUUAUUAAUUUUGAGAGAAGUGCCUUGGCUGCUGUUGGUGUCUUUGCUAAAA